AUGGAGUUAAAUCCCCGUGAGAAUAACCCAGGCCACAGCGUGGCCACUGUCUUCAAAAAGGGUGGCAGCCACAGUCCCCGUUGCGGGGACCGAAGGUGGAACAAGGUCCUUGCUCUCCUUUUUCCAGGUGCUUCCCGAGGCAGGGCCAUGCUCACGUUCAUGGCCUCCGACAGCGAGGAAGAAGCGUGCAACGAGCGGACGUCCCUGAUGUCGGCUGAGAGCCCCACGCCACGCUCCUGCCAGGAGGGCGGGCAGGGCCCAGAGGACGGGGAGAACGCUGCCCAGUGGAGGAGCCAGGACAGCGAGGAAGACUGUGAGGAGGACCCUGACCGCUACGUCUGCAGUGGGGUCCCCGGGCGGCCACCAGGCCUGGAAGAGGAGCUGACCCUCAAAUAUGGGGCCAAGCACGUGAUCAUGCUGUUUGUGCCUGUCACUCUGUGCAUGAUUGUGGUGGUGGCCACCAUCAAGUCUGUGCGCUUCUACACAGAGAAGAAUGGACAGCU